CGUGAAUAUAGAAAAUUUAUUGCGACGAAUGAAUCAUUGGAUGCUUAUUGCUUAAAAAAUAGUUCAUCUUUACUUGCUCAUACCACAAACAGAGAAUCACAGGCACAAGCACUUCGUUCUCUAUCCAAAUUAAUGUUGACUCGUCUUUUGCCGUCAAAUGAGAUUCAGAGUCAUAUAUUGAUGACUUUUCUUUCUGAAUUAUGGGCUAUUCAAGUUUUUGAAGCAAUACUCGAAACAAUAUGCGAUCCAGAUUGGUUAAAUUGUGCUAUUGUCGAUUAUUUAACGGAUAAUUAUCCAGACGAACCUCAUGAUGCAACCUUUUUUCAACAAUUGGCAACUUCAAUAGACGAAGAAGUGGCUGUUCUGUCUGAUAAAUUCAAGCGACCUUCAGAUGAUUACCAGACAUCAAUGUCAAAUAGUCAACCUUUAACAAUAUCAACUACAUUAUCUCCAACAAAUAUGUCUCUCGACUCUAAUUCUGAAACUUUUGAAGAGCGUAAAAAUUCCGUUGAAAAUCUCCCUGAG